CCAAGCAAUGUACAAGCAACAUCUACUGCGUGUAGUAACAAUACAACUUUACAAAACCGGCUCCAGAGUUUUUCUCCGCAACAAAUCUACUAUGUACCCAAUACAAAACUUGUAAAAGUUGCUAUAUAGUCCAGUAAAUGGUCCGCCAAAAGAGACCUCCCUCACAAAAUGGUCGACUUAUAGCAUCGAGCAACAACGGACAACACCUCGAGCGUUGGCGCUGGAAGCGAAAAGAUGUUAAUACUGAUGAUAGUUCACUUCAUCACGCUUCCCGCGCUCACUUCCAAGAUGGUCAGCGGCGAGACAACGAUGGACGAGAAGCAGCAGCAGCAGUUCAUUAGUUCCAGAGUAGUCAGAACCAAAUAUGGGGACAUCAGAGGUUUCAUUGUCACACCAGAAUCGAGAUUUCUAGAACCAGUAGAAGUCUUCCGAGGUGUCCCAUACGCAUCGCCCCCAGUGGGUUCAUUACGCUUUAUGCCGCCUGUAUCAGGCGCACAGUGGUCCGGAGUGAAAAUAGCUGAAGAAUUCAGCCCAGUGUGCCCACAAGUUCUUCCAGAUAUAAGGAAUGAGACGGCAGUGCUGAAGAGGAUAUCAAAAGGAAGGUUGGAGUACUUGAAGAGGAUACUGCCGUUUCUGACGAACCAGUCGGAAGAUUGUUUGUACUUGAAUAUCUACGCGCCUGCUCAAGCAGGCGUACGAGACGCAGUGUCUCGGUACCCGGUACUGGUGUUCGUUCAUGGAGAGAGCUACGAGUGGAGCUCGGGGAAUCCCUACGAUGGGACUGUGCUGGCUUCUCAUGCUGGGCUGGUGGUGGUCACUAUCAACUACAGGCUGGGGAUAUUGGGUUUCCUCAACCCUCGCUCGGACGAAUUCCCGCGGUCCCCAGCGAACUACGGUCUCAUGGACCAGAUAGCAGCGUUACACUGGAUCAAAGAGAACGUGGCGGUCUUUGGCGGAGACCCGACCAAUGUCACAUUGAUGGGGCACGGCACUGGCGCUGCCUGCGUGCACUUCUUGCUGACGUCACUGGCAGUGCCCGAAGGCCUGCUCUUCCACAGAGCUAUCCUAAUGUCAGGGUCCGGACUGAGCCCCUGGUCUCUGGUCGCGGAUCCCAACAAGUACGCCGCUAUAGUAGCGACGCAUGCCAACUGCUCUCCUGAACUAACGCCACCAGCGCUACUGCGGUGUUUGCGCGAGCGACCACUGGAGGCGCUGUUGUCAGCGCCUGUGCAAGCGCCUGACUUCGCCUACGCAUUUGGUCCGAGCGUAGACGGGGUUGUUAUAGACACAGGCGACCUGCUGGUGACCCCAGAGAACGGAUACGAGUGGGGCGGGCAGCCGAUCGCUCGCGCGCCCACCGGCAAGGCGGCGGCCAACGCCAUCAACAUCAUCAACGCCGUGCUGAUGAGGAAGAGCGCCGUUGCACAGCUCACCAAAUAUGACCUGAUGCUCGGCGUGACCAAAGCAGAAGCGUACUUCGCGUUCAGUGGAGACGACGUACAGUACGGCAUAGAAGCGGACAGAAGGUCCAAGAUCCUGAAGUCCUUUGUCAGGAACACGUACAGCUACCACCUGUCGGAGAUCCUGGCUACCAUAAUCAACGAGUAUACGGACUGGGAGCGGCCUGUGCAGCACCCAAUUAAUAUUAGGGACGAAACGCUAGAAGCGCUAAGCGACGCGCAAGUGGUCGCGCCUAUAGUGCUGACUGCGGAUACACACUCGGCGUUGCGAAGAAACUCGUAUCUGUACGUGUUCGACUACCAGACGAAAUACGGAGACUACCCUCAGCGACAAGGCUGCAUUCACGGUGAGGAGCUGCCGUACAUAUUCGGAGCACCCCUGGUGGGAGGUCUAGCUCACUUCUCAAGGAACUACACUAAGGCCGAAGUAUCGCUGUCCGAGUCAGUCAUGCUGUACUGGGGAAACUUUGCUAAAACUGGGAACCCAAAUGAAGCUCAAGAAAGCGACCCGAUAAGAGCUGGAAGACAAGAAAGAGUUCGGAUGAAGAACAUCGAAUGGACUGCGUAUGAAGCUGUCCACAAGAAAUACCUCAACAUUGACACUAAAUCCAAAUUGAAGAAUCAUUACAGAGCUCACAGACUCUCAUUCUGGCUGAAUUUAGUCCCAGACCUCCAUCGCCCAGGAGGUGAUGACGUACCCUCGUCUCAUCACCAGCUUGAACACGAAGACGCAUCACCGCAACCUACUCUAAAAACAUUCAGUCCUCCUUUCAAGAAGACGACCGAUGUUAUCAUCGAUUCAGGUCUUGCGACCAAAGUGCCAGUUCUAAGUGUUUUAAAUAUAACUUCCCCAUUGAAUUUCAACAUUAUUGGUCUGAAUCCACCAACGCAAAGUACUGUUAGUACUGAUGUACAUAAAGAUUUAUCCGCCACAUCGCCUCCUGAAGAUGGGUUUGCAGCGUACUCCACUGCUCUUAGCGUGACAAUUGCUAUUGGGUGUUCGUUACUGAUACUAAACGUUCUCAUCUUUGCUGGAGUGUACUACCAGAGGGACAAAACGAGAAUGAACGGCCAAGAUGGUCAUGCAAAUGGCUCGCAUUUAAAAAAACGUGCAGAGAAUGGACAGAUGCCGAACAACAUUUGUGGUGAUUUAGAAGGAGCAUUAACGUACCAGACCAGUUUAAAAAACGAUCCAGCUACGAUUUUGAGUCAUCAUCAUACGCAUUCUCAUCAUCAGCUACCUCCCCCGGAGUUUGCUGAUCUUCCAAGCAAUAACGUGGCGGGAAUGGCAACGCUGCCAAGGGCGCCACCUCCUCCAAAGCUCGGUAAGAGUAAUAUAAAUACUCUAGCGAGUGGCCAGUUGCAAGAGAACCAGCCGUUGCUGUCCGCGCAUCAAAUGCAGAUGAUCAACACGAGUACACUCACGAAGAAGAACACCCAACUGAACGCGAAGUCCAACGUCACAAUGGAGGAGUUGAGAGUGUGACGUCAGAGGGCCUGACUGCAACGGGCUGGCAGUUGCAGCGACGUCGCCCAUCACGAUGAGAUCGUGUGACUUGGGCCGGACCUUCUCAAGUGUGUGACGGACUACAUUUAAACUUUUUAGACUGUCCCGUGCCACUUGCGUUUAGAAGGCAUUAUAAUAGUGAAGUGACUUGAACUAAAGUUUAAUCAUAUCCGUAUAGUAAAGACGCCAGUGGGUGAAUUUAAAGUGUUAAUAGUGUAGCGGACGAAAUGAAAUUAUGUAACGUUGUAAAUUAUUGUAAAUAUUAUACUAAUGUGAAAAUUGUAUAUAAUUCAGCAGCUCAGCCGCAUAUCCAUCCUAAUUACAAUUGUAAUCUUGAAAAUAGGGAAAUUGUAAGAUAUGUGAUGAACAACUUCAGUCUAGGCAGCAUUGAGGCGCGAGGCGUGCAAUCUGUUUGACUGAAAUAAAUUAAUGAAUUGAAAAAUUUAGGAAAUAAUGUAAGUUAACGAGACACCAAAAUUAUCGUCGCAUUGAUUUGUCAAGUUAGAAGCAAUAACAAUCCA